AUGGGAAACCAGACUGCGGUGACCGAGUUCUUCCUCCAAGGCCUGACUGACACCAAAGAACUUGAGGCGGCAGUUUUCGUGCUUCUGCUGCUUGCCUAUCUGGUGACUGUCUCUGGGAACCUUACCAUCAUCACUCUGACCUUACUGGACACCCGUCUGCAGACCCCUAUGUACUUCUUCCUCCGGAAUCUGUCCUGCUUAGAAAUUUGGUUCCAGACUGUCAUCGUGCCCAAGAUGCUUUUCAACAUGGCCACAGGGACCAAGACCAUCAGCUUCGCAGGCUGUAUCACUCAGGACUUUUUCCACAUCUUCCUGGGGGCCACAGAGUUCCUCCUCCUCACAGCUAUGGCCUAUGACCGAUAUGUUGCCAUCUGCAAGCCCCUCCACUAUCCCGUGCUCAUGAACAGCAGGGUCUGCACACAGCUCAUCCUUACCUGCUGGCUCACAGGUUUCUUCUUCAUCAUUGUGCCUGUCAUUGUGACCAGCCAGCUUCCAUUCUGCAACACCCACAUUAACCACUUCUUCUGUGACUAUACACCGCUGAUGGAGGUGGUCUGCAGUGGGACACAGGUGCUGGAGAUGGUGGAUUUUACCCUAGCCUUGGUGGCACUGCUUAGCACCUUGAUGCUAAUCACCCUGUCCUAUGUUCAGAUCAUUCGGACAAUUGUCAGAAUUCCUUCUGCCCAAGAGAGAAAGAAAGCUUUUUCCACUUGUUCCUCUCAUGCCAUUGUGGUUACUAUGUGCUACGGCAGCUGCUUCUUCAUGUAUGUCAAGCCUUCUCCAGGCAAGGGGAUUGAUUUAAACAAAGGAGUGUCUCUAAUCAACACAAUUAUCGCCCCCCUCUUGAAUCCCUUCAUUUAUACUCUCAGGAACCAACAAGUUAAGCAGGUAGUAAAAGACCUACUCAGGAAAAUGACUUGGUUCCAAAAUAAAUAA